AUGGCGCCGUUCAAUGGCGACUCGGUACUACUCUCUGUUUUGUUUGUUUGUUUGAUGUUGUCCUGCACGUUUUUAGAACCCAGCCUUGGUAUUGUUCAGUAUGAUAGAUCUGCAUUACUCUAUAUUCGGGACAGCAUGCCCGUUUUUCUGCCUGAUCUACCGCCGGAUUGCCAACUACAUAAGGAGCGGCUUAAACAACGCUGGAACACUCGGAAGCGGGGUGUGAGGGGUGGCACUCUUGUCCGGCUUAGGCGUCGCCUCUACCGCCCAGCUCUACCUAGCCUGAUUCUUUCCAAUGUCCGCUCUCUGGCAAACAAAAUGGAUGAACUUUCUAUGCUCAUUCGUACACAGAGAGAUUUUAGGGAUGCUGCUGCUAUCUGCCUGACUGAGACCUGGUUGGCUGAAAGUUUUCCGGACUCCAUGUUACAACUAGCAGGCUUUUCUCUACACCGUGCAGACCGCACUGCGUGUUCACAAAAACUACGUGGAGGUGGGGUUGGCUGCUACAUCAAUAGUAACUGGUGUUCGGACUGCAAAAACUUGUCACAAACCUGCUCUCCAGAGUUGGAGUCUCUCACUGUGAUAUGUAAGCCCUUUUAUCUGCCUCGAGAGUUUUCUUCUGUUGUCCUGAUGGUCAUUUAUAUUCCCCCGGACGCCUCUACUCCGGCUGCUCUGCAACAACUUGUAGAUAAUAUCACAGAGGUUGAAAACAACAAUCCCGACGCUGCUAUGUUUGUGCUGGGUGAUUUUAACCAUGUCUCCUUGAGGAAGGCACUCCCCAGAUACAAACCCCAAAUCCAGAUCGCUACCAGGAAGGAUAAAACUCUGGACCAAUGCUAUUCUCCUAUUUCUGAGGCAUUUCACGCUGUAGCCAGGGCUCCUUUGGAAUAAUCAGAAAGGCUAAAAACAUCAUAGCGGACCAUUCUCACCCUGCUCACCAUCUCUUUAAUCUCCUACCAUCAGGAAGAAGAUAUAGGAGUAUUAAGACUUCUACAUCACGUUUCAGAGACAGUACUUACCCUCUGGCUAUCAGAUAUCUGAACUUGCACUGAGUGCUAGUAGCACUUUAUUAACUGUAUGUAUUGAGAGUUGUAUUUAUGUUUGAGAGUUAUACCAAGACAAAUUCCUAUCAACUGUGUUGACAUGGCAAUAAAUUUAUUGAAUUGAAUUGAAUU